UCACGCAACAACCGAGAAAAAAAGUGUUGUUACGAACCCGCGGCGCCAGCCAGAACAGAAAUUGGACGAUGAACACGCUACAGCAGAAAUUCCUUUACUAUAGCAAACGGAAAUCCUUCCGGUAUGGGGUACCAUUCCUGCUGCUCAUGGUUGGCGGUUCCUUUGGAUUGCAGCAGUUUGCACAGCUAAGGUACACAUUCUCAAAGAAAGGCUCACUCACACGGCAGGAAGCGGAAAAGUAUGGGGUGAAUAUGAAGAAACAGGAAGAGGUAACGCUGGAAGGCGAGUACGAGAAGAUCAGAACGCUGGACAUUGAGCACUGGGACAACAUUCGAGGACCCCGGCCGUGGGAAGAAACCGUACCUUUGUCAACGCAACAAACAGCCAAGUAGUUUUUUUUUUGUUCUUGUUGGAAACCAUAGCAGUUUCGCUAGAAAAUACAUUUCUUUAUUUCCGUUCA